UAGUGACAUUGAAUGAUGCUCAGAUUGUAUAAAUAACUUGUUUAAAAAUUACGUUCUCCAGUACAAUGACAAACGCUGCGCUUGAAUCCGAGAUAAAAACAUGGCUGACACCGGCCCUAAAAAAAGAAAAUGUGUCCGAUUUCUCCGUGAAAAUUCUGGGAAAUUCGGAAAAAGGUGACGGUUACUUGGGCGACAUAGUUUUCAUCGAAGUGACAACAACUGGAAAACAACUCAAUCUUGUCCUCAAGUGUAGCAAACGCUCAAAAGCUCUGCGGGAGAACUCUGCAGUGAAAAGCUCUUUUUUCAAUGAAAUUUUCGCGUAUGAAAAGCUCCACCCGACUUUCCUCCAAUUCCAGAAAAACCAAAACUGUGAAAAACCCUUCGCUGCGUAUCCGAAAUGUUACGGUACUUUUAUCGGCGAUGAAAUGGAAGUGAUAAUCUUGGAAAAUCUGAAGAAAAGUGGGUUCGAAUUGUGGCCGAAAAAGGAGCCUUUGUCGCGGAAAUUGGUCGAUUUGGUGGUCACUGAGUACGGGAAAUAUCACGCGAUUUCGGUGGCAAUGAAGGAAAAACAGCCGGAAAAAUUCCAAGAGUUGGUUAUGAGUACAAUUGAUCUGUUUAAAGAGCUUUGUGAGAAGGAAUCAAUGGAAGACAUGUUUAUUGCACCAAUUGAAGAUUCAUAUAAAUUACUGAAGGGGGAAAUGGACGAGAGAAUUCUAGUCAAGUGGAGGAAUUUCCAAAAUGAUGUUAGUUGUAUUUUGAAGCAUUUAGACGAAGGUUUUGAGGGUUUAAAAGUGAUUUUGCAUGGUGAUAGUUGGAGCAAUAACUUCAUGUAUUUGUUCGAAGAUGGUGAUCUUAAUCGUCCCCUGAAAGUGGCUUUUCUCGACUGGCAAGUCAUAAGAUACACCACUCCAAUUGUGGACUUAUCCUAUUUUCUCUUUUCCUGCCUUUCGGAAAAAGAUUUUGAAAAUUUGGACGAUAUUUUAAAUAUUUACUUUGACUCUUUUACCAAGCAUUUGAAAAGUAUAGGGAUUAGUAAACCCGAAGUGUUGUAUUCGAAAGAAGAAUUUCUACAAGACUGGAGAAGGUUUUGCAAAUUUGGAAUUAUGAUGAGCACACUUAUUAUGAAAGUUGUUUCAACUGAUAAGGACGAAGUUAUCGACAUCGGCGAAGCCGCCGAAAAAGGCAAAACUUUCACAGAAUCUUUCCUAAACGAGAUUCGAGACAAAGCCAAUUUUAAGAAGCGAGUGAGGCCGAUUAUAGAGCAUGCAGUCAAGAACCAGUUGAUUUAAUUAUUUAUUAAUAAAAAUUAAAAAACAUAAA